CUGGCAACCCGUAUUCCAUCUGUCACACAUUCUGUCAUUGGGCAGGACAUAAACAGUGUUUCAUGAUAGCAACAAAAUAUCUACCAUAAAGCUUUUAAGUAAACAAACAGGGGACGCCGGUGAGUCAUGGGCUCGGGGGAGAGUACGACCAGGAAAGUGUCCUUCGGCGUCGAUGACGAGGACAGAGUCAGGAUUCUCCGCGGGAUAAAGCUGUCAGAGGAUGUGCUCCAGAGGAUGAGAGGAGUGGCCAACAUUCCCCCAGAACCCUCACCAUCAUCACCGUCAUCAUCAUCAUCAUCAUCAGCCCCAAGUCCUCCGAAAGAAAAGGGUGCCAGCCGCAGCGCCAGCUCAGCCUCUCAAGCGAAGCAGAGCCCACAGCACCGGGCCCAGCCCAGCACCAAGUCCAGCAAGUCGGCCUCAUUCUCCAAAGAUGAACAGAGAAGGUACGAUCGGCAGCAGGCCAUACUGAAGGAUGAGCUGGCCAAGAUGGCGGAGAGAGAGAGGGAGGCAGCGAGAGAGGAGAUGGUUAAAGCCAUGACCCGGGAACGACAACAAGCACGCGAGGAAGCACAGAAAGCCAAGGAAUUGUCUGCAGAUGAGAUAGAAGCGAGGGCUCAGCAGCUCCAGAAGAAAGACUCGCAGCUGAAAGCGCUGGGUGCCUUCUACAAGGAGCAGCUGGCUCAGCUGGAGCAGAGGAAUCUGGAGAGAUUCAAGGAGAGUAAAGAUCAAUUCCACCAAGCUGCCUCCGUGACAGAAGCAAGCGUCAGGACCCGUAACACAGCUCCCGUGUGUCCUGGCCUGCAGGCUCAGAUUUUAUCCUGCUACAAGGACAACAAAGACCAGACCUUAAAGUGCUCAGACUUGGCUAGAGAAUACAUGCAGUGUAUAAAUGCUGCAAAGAAGAACCUGCUGGUCAACCACGGAUGAAGAGUGGGAGGAGGAAGAGGACGGAUAAAAGCUGUAUCCGAUGGAGACUUUUCGUUAGGCACUACGAGUAGCACCGGCCAUGUUCCUGUUUGGACUAAGAAGAGAGUUGAUUUGCUUUUAGCAUGCCUUGUCUAUAAACAUUUAUUAUGCUAUUUAUCUGCAGCGCUGCACUCUGCAGGGAAGCUUUAGAAUGAAGGUGUGCGUUUGCUUUAUGGUUUGGGUCACUGCAUUUGUAAGUCCAGCCCUAGACACCUGAGGCGCAGAGAUGCGUUCAGGGUCACUCCUCUGUACGCCAAAGAGAGGAGUCAGUUCACGUCCAAAACCUCUGCUGCUUCUGAAGAUAUGAAAGGAAGAAGAAGAAGAAAAGAGCUGGGGUGUGUGUGCUGAAUGCAGUGUGUUGCAGUCAUGUUUUGAUCUUGAUUUGAUGUUUGCUUUAAAGUUUCAUGGUUUUGUAUUAUUCCAGCAACAUGGGAGUAAGCUCAGGUUAUCCUGGCAGUGACCUCAACGUGUCAUACGUGUGCUUGACUAGGCCAUCUUAUUAAACCAUUCAUAUCCUUUGA